AUCAACCACUCACAUCAACAAUUAAUAGAACUGUGUCCGUUCUUCAAACCAAAAAGAAAGUUCAAUGUCGGAUCCAGCACCUACUAUAUCUGUACUACCGGAUCUUUUGAAUUUCUACUCCAUGUCGUCAAUCAGGUGCCAAAAGUUCUUACGACUAUUAUAAGAUGUCUCAAUACGCAAGACCUGACACCAGCAAAGCGAGACCCAUCGGAGGGAAGCUGAAUACAUUUCGGGAAAGCUUUAAAGCCACAUGCGAGGAGCUGGGACUGACUGCGAGUUUGGAUGCUAUAAGUCAAUUUGAUAAUGAAGAUCUUCAGAAUUUAGUGCUCGACUUAGUGUCAGCAUUGCGAGCCAUCCCAGAUAUGCGAAAACUCCCGUCCGCCAAUGGUCGUAAAUACCUCCUGAGCGACCUUCUUAGACUGAACGCCGUGAUUAGUUCUGAUGAUUUCGUGGUCGAACGUUUCAUUCCUUUAUUGAGAGCAGUUUUAAACCAAGAAUCGGAGGAUCACAUCUGGGAUAGCAUAUACUCUACUGUCCGUGAAUCUACGCCCCCCCCAAAACUGGUGCCUUUCCUCAAUCAGACACCAUUUUUGCACACCACGAGCAGCAUCGUUAACUCGUCCGAACACCGAAAACAUGUGGACACUGUGUUGAAGGCGGAACUGGGGUCUAUCUUUCUCGAUGUGCCGAAUUUUUUUGAGACCUUUUUCAACUCCGUAAACGGGCAUGAGACAGCAUGUACUACUCUUUUGCAGCGAUGCAAGACAGGGGAUAAUCCAUUGUAUUGUGAUGGGAUUGGCUGGUGCGAUUGGCCCGCUGACGCUCAAGAGAAGGAAGUUCUGAAGUGGAUAAGUGGAAAGUUCGAUCUGGUUAGAAGCUUCGUCGCGGAACAAAAUCCCAGUGCUUCUCUGUGCAGAACUGUCUUAGCCCAGCCAGCACAGCCACUACAAGGCUCUACAGCCGCCCGGAAACUGGAUAUCGCGAUAGUCAGCAACUCGGAAACUAUUCCCGGGCAAAUACCUCAUUGGUCACGUAUUCUGGUUCCUGGAGAAUUGAAAAGUAAUCCAGAAGCUGAUACAGUCUCGAAAACAUGGCGCGACUUGGGUAGAUAUGUGCGGGAAGUAUUCACUACACAAGACACGCGUCGGUUUGUGCUGGGUUUCACUCUCUGUGGAUCCAUUAUGCGAUUGUGGGAGUUUGAUAGGGUGGGGGCCACUGCAUCCGAGCCAUUUGAUAUCAACAAGAAUGGGCUGAAGUUUAUAUCGGUAGUUACCGGCUACCUAUUAUUGGAUAACGAGCAGCUAGGAUAUGACCCCACUAUUAUGUGCUCUUCAGAUGGGACGCGCACUAUCGAGGUUAUACGUCAUGGGCAGCCAGAACGCCUUAUCCUUGAUGAGCUUAUGAAAAGGAGUUCCUGUGUUGCUGGCAGAGCUACAACUUGUUGGAAAGCCCACCGUGCAGGGGGUGAAGCGAAUAUCCCCCUUGUGGUUAAAGACUCUUGGCAGUAUCCUGUGCGGGAUGAAGAAGGCGUGCUACUUCAGAAAGCUUUGGAAGGGGGAGUUACUAAUGUCGCGAGGUACUACUCUCAUCAGACUGUCGAAGUGGGAGGGAAAAUCGACGAUGUACUCAGAAAUAUCCGUGGAGAACUUGAUUUGAUAAGUGCUAAGCAUCAUAGGCCAGCAUGCCUUCGGGAUGAAGGAAUUACAAGGAAUGGCCGUUCUAUCGGUAGUAUGGCUGGUCGAAAAAGAUCUUCCAGCCGUACCGGCACUGAAAUACCACCACCUAAGAAACGCACCUGCUCGAGUUCCCCGAGCAAAGAUAGAGGGAACUGCGACGAACAGAAUCGAGUACACCGUCGCGUGAUUAUCCAUGAUUACGGCAAACCACUUUAUAAAGCUAGCUCUCUUGUUGCCAUGCUCACUGCCUUCGACCGUUGCAUGGUGGGCUAUCAUUCGCUGUAUAUUAAAACAGGGCUUCUACAGGGAGAUAUAUCUACAGGUAACCUCAUGAUGAACGAAGACGAUGAUAAUCCUUCUUGGCCUGCAUUCCUCAUCGAUCUAGAUCUUGCAGUUCAAGAGAGACGCGACCGGCCUUCAGGAGCAUGGGGUAAAACGGGAACGAGAGCUUUCAUGCCCAUAGGGCAGUUACUAGGCGACAAGUUGUCCUGGGUACAUGGACUAGAAUCCUUUUUCUGGGUACUCUUCUGGAUUUGUAUCCACUACGAAGGUCCUAAUGAGAAGAGCUUGGUUAUCAGGGAAUUCGACGAGUGGAAUUAUGUGAGCAUGGAAGAGUUAGCCAAGCUCAAACUAGGAACUGUUUCGGACGAUGACAUUUUUGAAAGCACCAUGGACAAGUUUACAGAAUAUCAUAAACCACUGAAGCCAUGUGUUGAUGAGCUACGAAAGGCCGUAUUUCCGAAUGGCAAGAUACGAAGGAAAGGAGAUGAGAGCCUUCUCUCUCAGAUGCGUGAAAUAGUACAAAAGGCACAAGAUGCUUUACAGGAAGCGUCUUUAUAACAUACAACUUCUGUCAGGGUUGAAGGCUUGUACUAAUUAGUUUUCCAAAGGAAAUACGGAAAAAGGGCUACUGAGAGCUUCAUAGCCGGGUUGUAGAUCAGUUUUGUCUGCCUGGCCUGCAGCAGUGGUAGCUUGAAUGGCCACUGCACGAAUUCCUCCGAAUAACGGCUCACCUGGUCAUAAUGCUCUCUUGCAGGGGCCGAAGAGGAACGGAAACGGACUGAAGGGGAACUAAACGGGAAAAAGGGCGCAACUACCGACCAUCCUUUGGAUU